UUUUACCUCUUAUAGGCAUCCGUCGUAAUCGUUAAACAAAAAUGGCCCCUUCUUUGUCGGAAUUGUUGCGCGCUGUGUGAAUAGUGGAUCCGAUCACUUGGCCGACGAUAGGCCAUUGACGGGCCAUGACCUAUUCGACAAUGGUCCUAUAGUGUCCAAGCUAUUUCCCAGAAUGGGCUCAAUGUGAGCUCAAAGGCCAAUCAAGGUCCCCGCAGCUUUGCGACUUGAAGUAUAAAAGGGUUCUUCGUACUUUUAUUCAAACAAUUUCUCCAGUCAAUAACCCACUUUCUCGUUAAAAGUAUUCACUCCAAAGCAUGUCUUCCGCGCAAUUCACUCUCACAGCAGAGCUCUUGCCUCACCUGGAUACUCCUCUUCCCAUAAGCCCUCCGAGGACAUCCUACACGAAAUCCCCGAACCCAUUCGGCGCUAUCGCGCGGCCCAGUGGAACAAAGUCUGAGCCUCCCGCAGAUCUGAACUCCCAUCCACGAUCGCCCAUUAUUUUUCGCGAACAAUUCGACUCUAGCUUUGUUUCUGAUAUCUGUCGUCCGGAAUCUCUCAUUUCGGACUGCACCACAGACGAGGAUGACGACUACUACUCAUCCAUCCCACAUUACAUUUCGAGCAUAUGGAACUACCUUACUCCCGAUGACCUUCCGGAAUCCAAGAAUAAGCGCGUUCAUACGCCUGCGUCAACUCCGGCUCGUCAAUAUGUAUAUAACUCACAUCCCGGGCCAGUGACCGGCUUUAGCCAUUUUCCCUGGCCCUCAGUUACUUCUGCGCCGAAGGCCCGUGUACACACAGAUACAUAUGCGGCCAAUUCUUACCCACCCCCGUACUACAGUUCCAACUAUGCUGCCCCUACAUGUCUCUGUGUACAGUGCCAAGGCUUUCCUCUCCCUAACUCUUUCCCUGCGUCACCAUCCGAGACCCCUCUUCCAAGUCCCCUUCCGACACCUGCUGACGAAACAUACCCCUAUUCUUUGGACUACAUUGCUUAAUGUAGCAAAGAGGUUCGGUAUCUUUUUCAUGGAAAAGAUCUUGAGCGGCUUUGCAAUGAAGGGAGGAGUUGUUUGGUGGUCAUAUUGGAUGGAGGAGAUAUCGGUCAAGAUCAUGAUGCCCGUAAUACGUUUGGUAACUGUGUACGUUUAGAGGGAAAAUUCUGUGAAA